AGAAACCAAGUCUUAGCUCAAAAAAUUGAACACAGCAGAGCCACAACCCAAAAUUGAACAUCCCCAUCUAUGUAUAUCACUCCAAAUUUUCCAAGCAAUCAGUUUAGAGCUUCCAAACUUAGCUUCAAUGGCGACCACUUUUCUCUCUCCUAUCUCCACUCAUAUUCCAGUCUCUUCUGAAAAUCGUGAAAUGGGUAUUCUCUCAAAUGGCCUCUCUCAAUCUUCUUUUCUUCUGGGUACUAAACCCUUUUCUUCUUCAACCCUUUUCUCCUUUUCAAUUCAAUCAAAACCCACGCUUAAUCGUAGGUUGUUCAAAUCACCUUGUGCCCAGAAAUCUUCAUUUGAUCAUAUUCCUAAGCAAUUUAGGCAAGAUAAUCUUAAAGAAGGCUUGAUGGAUAACUUCAAAAAUGUCCCUCAGUAUCUUUAUGGCCUCAGUCCUUCACAAAUGGACAUGUUCAUGACAGAGGAUAAUCCAGUUCGCCGGCAGUCAGAAAAAGUAACAGAGCAAAGCAUUUCUUCUGCGAGCAACUAUCUAGACAAUGGUGGGAUGUGGAGUACUAGAGGCAUGGACGAUAGGGGUCCAUCAAAAUACAGUAUGAGCAUUAGCAUGUAUCGUGGUGGUGCUAGAGGAUAUGGAAGACCAAGAACUGCCCCACCUGAUCUUCCUUCCUUGCUUUUGGAUGCUAGGAUUGUGUAUCUUGGCAUGCCAAUUGUGCCUGCAGUUACUGAGCUGAUUGUUGCUCAGUUUAUGUGGUUGGACUAUGACAACCCCUCAAAGCCUAUAUAUUUAUACAUCAACUCAUCUGGAACACAAAAUGAGAAGAUGGAAACUGUUGGUUCAGAGACAGAGGCAUAUGCAAUAGCUGAUACCAUGGGUUAUUGCAAAUCAGAUGUCUACACAGUGAACUGUGGCAUGGCAUAUGGCCAAGCAGCUAUGCUUUUAUCACUUGGAACAAAGGGUUACCGUGCUCUGCAGCCAAAUUCAUCAACAAAAUUGUAUCUGCCAAAAGUCAACAGAUCUAGUGGAGCUGUGAUAGAUAUGUGGAUCAAGGCAAAAGAACUGGAUGCAAAUACGGAGUACUAUGUUGAACUCUUAGCCAAAGGUAUUGGCAAACCAAAAGAAGAGAUCGAGAAAGAUAUUCAGCGCCCCAAGUACUUACAGGCACAGGAAGCCAUUGAUUAUGGCAUUGCAGACAAGAUGAUUGAUUCGAGGGAUUCUGCGUUUGAGAAAAGGAAUUAUGAUGAGAUACUUGCACAAUCAAGGGCGAUGAGGAGAGGAGGACCUGGACAAGCUGCGGCAGCACCCUCUGGCUUUAGGUGAUUAGUGCGAAAUGGGUGUUUUGAUUCCGGCAAGCUUUUGCUUUUGAAGCACUUGUUAAAUCUGUAUUAUAGACAGAUUGCUGGUGCUGCCAUGCUCCAGCACUACCUUUCAACUUAAAGCUUAUGUAACAUACAAGGGGGUGAUGGAAUUAAAAUGCUAACCUCAGUUGUCGAAAUUUUGUGUAAUGAUUCUGUAAGUCUGUAUAAGUGCCAGUUAAUUAAGAAAAAGCAUACGUGUUUAUAAGUUUGCUAUAUGAUACAUUGGCUUUUGGAAUUCCUGGUCAGUUUAGUUUCA